CGACAUUUCAUUUUCAAUCAUUCACCAAUCUUCACUCGCCAAACCAAAGCUAUUCACAUUUGGAAGCGACUAAAAGCAUUGGUAUGGCAACCUCGCUGUGUACACCCACCUACGCUCUCAAACUGAAAUUGUUCCGUACCGAUUCCCAUAAAUUAAACGCAAAGCCCUCUGUUCAAUAUAGGCGUCGUUUUGGCUCCACCACCACAAUCUAUUGCACCUCUAAUAAUUACAACGACAACAACCAACCGCGACCCCAAUCUGAAGCUAUUCAAGUUUACACGCAAAUUGAGAGAUUACUUACCGAUUCUGUUAGACAAUCACAGGAUGGCUGGUGGGGAUCCCGAGACUGGAGUGAAGUUGAGGGAGCAUGGAUUCUCAAACCCAAAAGUUCCAAACCAAAUUUUGUAGUUCACUUUAUCGGAGGUAUAUUUGUUGGAGCUGCCCCUCAGCUUACCUACCGAUGGUUUCUUGAGCGUCUUUCAGAAAAGGGUAUAUUAAUCAUUGCAACUCCUUAUGCUAGUGGGUUUGAUCACUUCCUCAUCGCAGAUGAAGUACAGUUCAAAUUUGAUAGGUGCUAUCGUGCACUGCAGGAAACGAUUCAAGACCUUCCUAUUUUUGGUGUUGGCCAUUCCUUGGGAUCCGUGGUCCACCUUCUGAUUGGAUCAAGAUAUGCAGUGCAAAGAUCUGGAAAUGUUCUCAUGGCAUUCAAUAACAAGGAAGCAAGUUCAGCUGUUCCUUUGUUCUCUCCUGUGCUCGUCCCUAUGGCUCAAACCAUUGGUCCACUCCUAUCAGAUAUUUUUUCUUCUCCAACUCUACGAGCUGGGGCAGAGUUGACUUUGAAACAACUAGAAAACGUUAGCCCUCCCAUUAUGAAGCAGGUUCUUCCUUUAGUUGAGCAGCUCCCUCCCUUGUACAUGGAUUUAGUCAAGGGAAGAGAAGAUUUUUCUCCAAAGCCCGAGGAGACACGUCGACUUAUAAAAUCAUACUAUGGCAUAUCCAGAAAUCUUCUGAUAAAAUUCAAGGAUGAUUUAAUAGACGAGACUUCUACUCUAGCUCAGGUGCUUAGUUCAGAAUCAGCCAUUAGCUCAGUGCUGGACAUGUCAAUCCGGAAGUUGUCUGGAGAUCAUGGUCUUCCAUUGCAGCAGGCCCUACCAGAUGUUCCACCAGCAAUGGCUGAUGCAGUUAAUCGUGGAAGCGAGCUUUUGUCAAAUCUUACAGUAGGAACUCCGUGGGAGACAGUUGCCAAAGAAGUAGGGAACUCGCUAGGCAUGGAUUCCAGAGUCCUUCGUGCAGAAGUAUCCAAGGACAUGGAAAUGCUUGUGGAUGUGAUUGCAUCCUGGAUGGCCUCUAAUGCAGGGCCUAAACUUCUGAGGCCAUAAGGUCUUAACUACAUCUUCUUACUGCAAGUAAAAAAGAUAUUAGCUGUAGAAAUGUAUAGUAAAACCAAUAUUGGCUCUAACACUUCUUUCAUCAUAUGUUGGAGAAUGCCAAUCAUGUGAAUCCAUACAAGUAAAGCAAAUAGAAAACUGCCAAUCACCCGUUGCUGUAAAAAAUAUGAAAUACAUUGUUACAGAAGUAGUUGUAUUGAAAUUAUUGGUUUCUCAUAAUGCUGCUGUUCAAAAUAGCUGUUUUUCAUAUUUUCAAGGCACCCUAGGGUUUUAACCUUGAUUAGAUUUGAUAUUCUUUUAAAUGUAUUGAUUACACCGCUAACUCUUCUAGCAAUCUUGAGGGUGUAUUUAUUUUCUUAAUUACAGGCCUUGGAACUGUAUAGAUAUUUAGGGAGUAUACUGAAAAUAAUCCUAACUCAGAACAGAGAUUCCAAUGUCAAAAUGGAUUUCGUUA